GGUAAAGCAAUUGCAACACGUCUAGCAUCUGAUGGCUACGCCCUCUGCCUAAAUGAUGUACCUGCCCUAUCCGCCGACCUCGCCUCGGUCGCAUCUUCUCUCUCGUCCAUCCACUCUGUGCAAACAACCACCUAUGCCGCCGAUGUUUCGGUUCUCCCGGAAGUCGAGGCACUCGUCGCGCACUCGGUAUCCUCGCUCGGGCCCCUAUCCACCAUGGUCGCGAACGCUGGCAUCGCGCAGGUCAAGCCACUGCUCGAUCUCAGCGAACAGGAUUUACGCCGCAUGUUUGAGGUCAACGUGUUCGGUGUGUACAACUGUUACGCGAGCGCAGCACGGCAGAUGAUUGCACAGGGAGGCGGUGGGAAGAUUCUGGGCGCGGCGAGUAUCGUGGCGUUUAAGCCGUUUCCCAUGUUGAGCCAUUACAGCGCAUCGAAGUGGGCUGUGAGAGGUCUUACGCAGGCCUUUGCGAUGGAAGUCUCGCGGCAUAAGAUCACUGUCAAUGCGUAUGCGCCGGGGAUCGUAGGCACGGCGAUGUGGGACUUGAUCGAUGAGGGGCUAGGGAAGCUGGAUGGGCGCAAGCGUGGCGAGACAAUUAAGAAGUAUGUAGAGGAGUUGACGGCUCUGGGGAGGACGAGUACGCCGGAGGACGUGGCCAACGUGGUUGGCUUCCUGGCUAGUGAUGAUAGCGACUUCAUGACAGGACAGACGGUGGUAGUGGAUGGCGGAAUUAUAUACACCUGA